CUCAGCAGAAGAAUGGCAGCUGCAAGAGGGACGGAGCAAGUGGUGUCUUUGCGUGGUAAGGUGUGCCUGGUGACGGGGGCCAGCUCUGGGAUCGGGGCCGGCACUGCCUUACUUUUUGCCCGUCUAGGGGCCCGGUUGGCUCUUAAUGGAAGAAAUGAAGAGAAAUUGAAGGAGACGGCUCGGGGCUGCGAGGAGUUCUGUGACCAGAAGCCGCUGCUGGUUCUGGGAGACCUGGCGGAUGAGGCGGUGGUGCGGGGGAUGGUGGAACAGACUGUGGCGCACUUCGGACAGCUGGACGUGCUGGUGAACAAUGCAGCGAUAAUGGUCAUGGGGAGUAUAGAGGACACAACGCUGCAGGACUACGACCGCAUGAUGAACGUGAACGUCCGGUCCGUGUUGUACCUCACCCAGCUGGCCGUGCCGCAUCUCAUCAAGACCAAAGGAAACAUCGUGAACGUUUCCAGCGUUGCUGGGCUGAGAUCGUUCCCCGAGGUCCUGGCCUAUUGUAUGUCCAAGUCUGCAGUUGACCAGUUGACCAGAUGUGCAGCUCUGGAUCUGGCGAGUAAACAAGUUCGAGUGAACGCCGUCUGUCCAGGGACCAUUAUGACGGAUUUACUUCAGCGAGCUGGCCUGAGCGAGGAGCAGUACACGCAGUUUCUGGAGCACAGCAAGCAAACCCACACCCUGGGGCGGCACGGCAAUGUAGAGGAAGUGGCCCGAGCAAUUGCCUUCCUGGCUUCAGAUGCUGCGUCUUUUAUCACUGGGGUCACCAUGCCAGUAGACGGUGGACGCCACGCCAUGUGCCCGAGAUAACGGUGUAAAAUAAUAAAGAUAUGAAAA